AUGGAGAGUGGAUCCUGCCCUCCAAGCAGUAAAACACAGGAGAAAGGCCGGCGCGAUUCGACGCCACCAAAGACCAAUUCUGAACCCAAUGAGGACCUGCUAGAAAGCAAACGCAUGCGACGGCAAGAGCAGAAUCGAUCAUCGCAACGGGCCUUCCGGCUGCGGAAGGAAAGCCACAUUCGAAGUCUUCGAGAUAAACUGGGAGAGUUACACAAUUCCCACCGGAACCUCUGCCAGUCAUACUCCAAGAAGUGCGAAGAGGUCGACCAACUCAACACCUACGUUUCCGAGCUCACUACGGAGAUACUACAAUUACAAAAUUCGCUCUCACAACCAGGCAGCGACAGCUUUCCUCUCGAGCUCAGUCCCGAACUGGACUUCUGCAGCGACGUUACGCAAAUCGUGGACAAUACCUGGCGGCCCGGGUGGGAAUUCGAGACAUCUGCGACAUGGUUCCUUGGUCAAUGA